CAGCAGAACUACAACUCCCACAGUCUGGCGUCAUUGCGUAUCACGUUUAACAACGGUCAGUCGCUAAAGAAAAAAACAGCCGCUUCCGUGUUGUUCUUCUGUUAUUUUGGUUAAUAACUGUCGAUAGCGGGGUCCGGGCUCGUCUGACGGUCUCGCCGGAGUGUGACUAUCAUGGUUCUGUGAAGCUGAAAGACAGUUUCAGCUUCUUUUUUUACCCGAAAUGUCGCUGCUACAGAGCUCAAAGAAAAAAGACAAGCGUAUUUUGUCUGGUACCUGCCCAGACCCGAAAUGUCAGGCGAGGCUGUUCUUCCCCGCUCACGGCUCCGUUAGCAUCGAGUGCACCGAGUGUGGUCAACGCCACGAGCAGAAGAACCUGUUAAAUGUCGAAGAAGUGACUGAUCCGGAUGUUGUGCUUCACAAUCUGCUCAGAAACGCCCUGCUCGGCGUCACCGGGGCCCCGAAGAAAGGAACCGAGCUGGUGAAGGUAAUGGGGCUUUCUAAUUACCACUGCAAGCUCCUGUCCCCGGUCCUCACCAGGUACGGCAUGGAUAAACAAACCGGCAAAGCCAAGCUGCUGAGGGAAAUGAACCAGGGUGAGAUGUUUGACUGCUCGCUCCUGGGAGACAGAGCUUUCCUGAUUGAGCCGGACCAUGUGUCCACCAUGGGCUACGGCAAGGACAGGUCAGGGAGCCUCAUAUACCUCCAUGACACCCUAGAGGAGGUUAAGAAAGCCAACGGUAACAGAGAGUGUCUCAUUCCGGUCCACGUAGAUGGAGACGGGCACUGCCUGGUUCAUGCUGUGUCCAGAGCCCUGGUAGGAAGAGAACUCUUCUGGCAUGCCCUGAGAGAGAACCUCAAACAGAACUUCAAGCAGAACCUGGACCGCUACAAGGCCCUGUUUCAGGAUUUUAUUGAUGCGGCAGAGUGGGAGGACAUCAUCAAUGAGUGUGACCCCCUGUUCAUCCCACCUGAAGGUGUGCCGCUUGGACUACGCAACAUCCACAUAUUUGGUUUGGCUAACGUCCUCCACCGUCCCAUAAUCCUGCUGGACUCCCUCAGUGGAAUGAGGAGCUCUGGGGAUUAUUCAGCCACCUUCCUGCCCGGGCUGGUGGCUGAGGAGCAGUGCCGGGGGAAAGAUGGGAAGCUCAACAAACCUAUCUGCAUCGCCUGGAGCAGCUCCGGCAGGAACCACUACAUCCCCCUGGUGGGAAUCAAGAACACGGUGCUGCCCAAGCUGCCGGCCCGCCUGCUGCCUAAGGCCUGGGGCGUCCCUCAGGAGCUCAUCAGGAAAUACAUCAAGCUGGAGCCAGACGGGAGUUGUGUGAUUGGCGGCGACCGCAGCUUGCAGGAUAAAUAUCUGAUGAGGCUGGUCAAUGCCAUGGAGGAGGUGUUCAUGGAGAAGCACAGCAUCCACCCGUCGCUGGUGGCUGAUGUGCACCAGUACGUCUACAGACGGACCGGUGUGAUCGGCAUCCAGCCCGAGGAGGUGACUGAGGCGGCUAAGAAGUCGGUGAUGGAGAACCGGCUGCACCGCUGCCUGAUCUGUGGCGCCCUCUCUGAGCUCCACGUCCUGCCGGAGUGGUUGGUUCCUGGUGGAAAGCUCUACAACUUAGCCAAAUCCACCCACGGCCAGCUGCGGCCGGACAAGAACUACAGCUUCCCCCUCAAUAACGUGGUCUGCUCUUAUGACCCCCAGAGAGACGUCCUCAUCCCAGAUUACAAACUGAGCUCCCUCAACACCUGCAGCUGGUGUCACGGCACGUCAGUCCGCCACAUCCGUGGCAACGGGUCGGUGGUUUACUUGGACGGGGACAGAACCAACACCCGCUCCCAGGGGGGGAAGUGUGGAUGUGGCUUCAAGCAUUACUGGGAGGGAAAAGAAUAUGACAACCUCCCCGAAGCCUUCCCCAUUACGCUGGAGUGGGGGGGUCGGGUGGUGCGAGAGACUGUGUACUGGUUCCAGUAUGAGACAGACACAGCAUUGAACAGCAAUGUGUAUGAUGUGGCUAUGAAACUGGUCACCAAGCACUUCCCUGGGGAGUUUGGCAGCGAGAUCCUGGUCCAGAAAGUAGUCAACACCAUACUGCAUCAUACCGCUAAGAAGAACCCGGACGAGUACAACCCAGUGUCUAUCGACGGGGCUCAUGUUCAGCGUCUCACUGACGUCACAGAGACUCAGCAGGUGAUGGACCCCCAGCCGCCCACUAAGAUAAUACUUACUGGUCAGAAAGCAAAGACACUGCACAAAGAGGAGCUGACGAUGAGCCGAGCAGAGCGCAGCAUCCAGCAGAGCAUCAGCGAGCAGGCCUUCGUCACUCAGAAGCGACGGACUGACAAGCUGAAGCAGGAGCAGAAAGGCCACGGCCGGACGUCUUCCCCUGGCGGGUCUCCAGAAACCUCCUCCUCUUCAGCUCCGGCCACACCCACCAAAUCCUCCUCCCCCUCCUCGUCCUAUAAGGAGAAGAAGAUCCGUGUGACCACCAGUGACGGCAGGCAGGCCAUGCUGACCCUGCAGGCCCACACGACCUUCUCAGAGCUGCAGAGGAGCAUCGCCAACCAGUUUGCCGUGCCGCCAAUGCAGCAGUGCAUCCGCUACGGCUUCCCGCCCAAGGAGCUGGUACCCCCGAAGGACGGCGAGGAGAACGAGCCCAUGGCGCUGCAGCACGGUGACAGGGUGACAGUGGAGAUAUUGAGGGGCCCUGAGGACAAGAGCACCGCGGCCUCCAUCCCGCGAGCCUCCAGCUCGCACUCUGCCCUGCACUCGGUGAAGAGUGAGGACGCUGUGACAUCCGGCAGAAUGAGCAGCCGGGAACUCCAGGACAGCAUUGACCUUGAGAUGUCCUCCCUCUGUCUCCUAGCGACCUUGAUGGGUGAGGAUGUUUGGUCGUACGCAAAGAAGCUGCCGCACUUAUUCCAGCAGGGUGGCGUCUUCUACAACAUCGUCAAGAAAGACAUGGGUAGGUAUGACUAUGAAUAUGGUCUCUUUGAGAUUUAUUCAGACUCCUUCAGUGGAGUUAUUGGAUCAGUGUAA